GGAAGGGAGAAUAAGCAAGUUUCUCUCUGCAGGUGAGAGAAUGAAACCUGAUACUAUCUGUCUGACAAAGAGGAGGCAGAGUAGAGAAAACAUAGAGAGAAGGGAUUCCCUUGCUCGCUAGCUCUAGCCCUAGUGCUCCUAUUGGUCAAUAGAGUUGCUGGUUCUAAGAGCUGAUGCCAACAGGAGCUGCAUCUCCAACAAUAGGGAGAGAGAACUCUGGCCUGGCCUAACUUUCUGUUAGAGAUAGGGUUCAAAAAUCAGGCAUGCCUGAGCAAGGAUUACGUAAGUUGGAAGCACACCCUUGGGCAGUGUGUUCAAACCAGUUUUUCUUCUCUUUCAGUGCAUAACUGAGUAGAGACAGUGGAAAUAAAAACGCAAGAACUGCAUCUCCGUUGAUCCGUCGAGCAUCUGGAAGGUUGCUUGUCUUUCUUCCCAACCAGGUUUGUGAGUCUUGCUAAUACAUAAGUGACUUGCGCUGUACUGGCCUAGGAAUAUUAGGAUCUUCUGAAUUUUUAGGCAAGGUCUGGAAAACGACUGAAGGAUGUCUUCAAUCUUAAAAGUAUUUGGGAGAGAAGAGAAGGAAAAGGAAAAAGAGAAGGAGAAAGAGAAGCAAAAAGACAAGAAGGAUGGAGACAAAAAAGACAAGAAAAAGAAGAAAGAGAAAAGGUCUGACAGGCAGGAUGAUGACAGCAGCAGUAGCAGCUCUGACAGUGAAUCAGAAAAGGGUCAUGGUGGUGACAAGAAGAAAAAGAAGGAUAAAGAUUAACCUGGGGGCAGCCUACAACGAGCACAGGAGCAUCUGCUGAAGUGGCUGGGAACACCUUGAUACCAGGAGUGGGAAGAGGAAGUGUCUGGGCUUAGUUUAUCCCAAAUAAAGAAUCUUUGUUUUGUUUUUCAUUAAAACAUA